AUGAAUGAUCAAAAUGAGACAGUUAUUUCGUUUUUUGCUGCGUUAACGAUACCAAUAAUUUGGCAGUAUUUCAAAAAUAAUUUUAAAAUGAAAGACCCGAGUGAAAUUAACAGUGCACCAUGCUACGAGUACAUCAGUAGUAACUCGAACAGCAGCGGCUACCACUCAUUUAGUGCAUCGCGAUGAAAGUUUUUGUUUUUAUUGUGAUAAGCGUGUUGGGAAUUUUACUCUGUGAUGGCAACAGGCUAACGAAGCAUUUUCCAGACUCUCCGCAAGAUAUCAAUGUAGUCGGCAUUUUCGGAUUUGACGAAACUGACGAACUUGAAGCAUUCGAAGCAGCCAUCAAUGACAUAAACAAGGACGCUUCUCUUUUGAGGAAGACUAAACUGAAAAAUAUUACAAAAAUUGUCGACUCGCAAAAUGCGUUUGUAAUCAAGAAUACCAUAUGUGCUACAAUGGGAGAUGGUAUUUCUGCAGUAAUAGGACCUAAUUCCGCCGAAGGUAUAGCGAUCACUCAAUCUAUCGCCGAUUUUUACAAAAUUCCGCACUUGUUUUCAACUCACGAGCCUAACAUGCACAAGGACAGCUAUUCGGUGAAUAUGUUCCCUUUAAUGCGAGAUUUCACCAAGGGUAUUCAAGAAAUAAUUCACGACAUGGAUUGGGCAGCGUUCACGUUGCUUUACGAAGACGAUCAAGAUUUGGCCAUAUUUCAAGACUUGCUGAUUGAGCACGAAAAAUUGGGUAGAGAGGAAAAUUACCGUUCGAUAACGUUGAAGCAACUUCCUAAAACUCAAGAUUAUGGGCCCAUACUUAAAGAAAUCCAAAUACGUACUGAAACAAGAUUUGUGAUACGCUGCGCAAAGGAGAACGUCAUACCAUUUUUGAGAAAAGCUCAAGGACUCAAAUUGAUGGGUGAUUAUUUUGGCUACGUAAUCAUUUCGUUGGACGUUCGUUUAGAAGACCUUCGAGAAUUUCAGGCUACAGGGACUAAUAUAACAACUAUUAGCAUUAUUAAUCCGAUCACUUACACUGACGACGAAUUCAGCUCCGAUUACGAUUUAUUUUCUCGGUUUGUUCACGAUAAUGUGCGCGUUCUCAAGUCACAAGCAUUUCUCAUGUAUGACGCUGUUUACCUAUUUGCAAAAGCACUGGAUAUGUUCUUGGAGGACGAGGUUUCAGAUGGUGACCUGUUGAAGCAAAUACCACUGAGUUGUAAAUCAAAAGAGCCAAUUUUUGAGGAGGGAGCCUCGUUAAUGAAUUUUAUCAAGACUACUGAAAUCAAAAUGGUUACGGAUCAUAUUAAACUCAACGAAAAUGGCGAGAGAAUUUUUCAUAAUAUCCAUAUAUUCGGUGGCGGCUACAACAUGCCAAAAAGGUUGGGAAACUGGAAUCCUGAAAACAGAAUCACUUAUUCCAGAAAUUUAACGGAAAUUGAACAAGAGAAUCAAGAACUUGCUGCCAACAAAACGUUCACAGUUUCUUCGAUGAUGGGUGAACCAUACUUGAUGCCCUGCACCAAUGCCUCAGAACAGACAGGUGAACUGAUCAUGGAAGACGGAAGGUGUUAUACGGGAUUUGCCAAGGAGCUCAUGGACUAUAUAGCUAAGGAGAGAAAAUUCAAAUAUAGAAUCGUGUUGGCAAAUUCUCGUGGUAACUACGACGCUAACACUGGCAAAUGGGACGGAAUAAUAAAAGAAGUUCAAGACAGACGUGCAGAUUUAGGAAUCUGUGAUUUAACAAUAACUCACGAGAGAAGAAGAGCGGUCGAUUUCACCAAACCAUUUAUGAACCUGGGUAUUAGCAUUUUAUACAAAAUAGGCAAAGAAGAAGAAACGGAAAUGUUUUCAUUUUUAAAACCGCUCCGAUUCGAAGUUUGGUUGUGCGUUGCAACUUCCUUACUCGCUCUGUCCGUCACAUUAUUCUUUGUAUCGAGGCUUUCUCCAUACGACUGGGAGAGCCCUCAUCCGUGCGAUUCCAACGUAGAAGAAUUAGAAAAUGCUUUAUCACUGGUCAACUCCUUAUGGUUCUCUUUAGGAUCAGUUUUACAACAAGGCUGCGAUAUUUUACCCAAGGCCACCUCUUCACGAAUCGUCGCAUCCAUGUGGUGGUUUUUCACACUUAUCAUGGUUUCCACGUAUACCGCCAAUUUGGCCGCUUUUCUCACAACUAAUAAAAUGGAUACUGAAAUCAAAGAUGUCGAUCAAUUAGCUUCGCAGUCAGUAAUCAAAUACGGAUGUUAUAAAGAUGGCUCAACAAGAACGUUCUUCGAAAAAUCGAGUGACGCUUUGUAUCAAAAAAUGUGGGCUAACAUGGAAUCGACGAAACCAUCGGUGUUUACUAAAAAUAACGAUGAAGGAGUGCAGCGUGUUUUACGGGAAAAACGAUUCGCAUUUUUCAUGGAAUCGUCGACCAUCGAAUACAACGUAGAAAGAAACUGUAGGCUUACUCAAGUUGGCGGAUUAUUAGAUAACAAAGCCUACGGCAUUGCAAUGCCUUUAAAUUCUCCGUUCAGAACGUCGAUAACAACAGCGUUAUUGAAACUGCAAGAAGAAGGUAAAGUUCGAGACUUGAAGGAGAAAUACUGGUUAAUAACGGAUGAAUCGAAAAAAUGUCAACGAAAGAAAAAAAAUGAUUUGGAGGACAACGCUCUGGCUGUAGCUCAAGUCGGAGGAGUUUUCGUUGUACUUUUGAUUGGAAUGGCAUUUUCGUUAAUUUUAUCCAUAUUAGAAUUCUUAUGGAACAUACGUAAAGUAGCUGUAAUAGAAAAGAUUCCUCUCAAGACUGCUUUUUGGAAAGAACUUCACUUCGUACUGAACUGCCAUAUAACCACGAAACCAGUACGGAAACCAUCUGAAAAAACAUCCGAAAAUAACGAUCCACUCGAUAGGUAUAAAGCGUUCAUGGCAUUUGGUAGUUCGCAAAAUCAGCUCUGAUGAUGGUGAUGGCACCUGCAAAAAUUCCGUUACGAGCAUCAAAUAUUAUGGUAUACUAGCUGUGUAUUCUUCAACAGUUUACAAAUACAUAUCGUAAAAAUACUCGUAAUUUCCACAAUGAAA